CUCGCAACCCUCUGCUUCAUCUUUGCGCGUUUUGACUUGUUUCUGCAUCAUUUGUGCCCCGCCCGUUGCUUGUGUUGCUUGUGUUGCCUGUCUUGUGUUGCAUCGCUAGCCUCAUGCGUUCCUCGUUUGCUCUGUCCGCAAGCUUUGCGGCGCUUUGCAGCGCGGCAGCUUACGGACCACAGACUCCACUCAAGAACAUCCUGGCCAACACCGACAAGAGUGACAAGUACAGAUACCCGACCGAUUUCACCAGAGACAUUGUCCCCAAGCCCUUCCACAGCCACAAUGACUACUGGCGCGACGUCCCCUUCUACUCGGGCCUGAGCCGUGGCGCCAUCUCCACUGAAGCCGAUGUCUGGCUCAUCAAUGGCACUCUAUACGUUGGCCACGAGCCCGCCGCUCUGACCGAGACGCGCACGCUUGAGUCGCUCUACAUCCAGCCGAUUCUCGACACGCUGCAUCGCCAGAACCCAAGCACUCAUUUCGUGCAGCCGGGCGAGCAGAAUGGCGUCUUCGACACGUCCAGCGACCAGACGCUCUACUUGUUCAUCGACCUGAAGACGGCCGCUGACGUGACCUUUCCCGCCGUCCUCAAGGCCUUGGAGCCUCUGCGAAGCGGAGAUUGGCUCACCACCUAUGCCGGUUCUAACCUCCGCAGGAACCCGGUUACCGUCAUCGGAACCGGAAACACUCAUCUUGCCAAUGUGCUCGCAUCAUCCCCUCGCGACGUCUUUUUUGACGCGCCCCUUGCAGAGCUCAAUGACCCAAAAUACAAAGACUUGAGUGAAAACGAAUCGCCAAUCGCCUCCACCAACUUUGCUGCGUCCUUUGGCGACGUGCGCAAGCGCGAAAUGAACGACACCCAGCUGGAUACGCUGAGGAGCCAGCUCAGUGCCGCCCAUGCAAAGGGCAUCAUGGCUAGGUACUGGAACCAGCCCGAAUAUCCUAUUGGAACCAGGAAUGCCAUUUGGAGAAUCCUUUGGGAUGAGGGCGUUGACCUGCUGAAUGUCGAUGACCUGGAUGGUGCAGCCGAGUUUUGGCAAGGCGAUUAGAGGCUACCCAGGGUUGCAGUGCCCCACCAGAUCAACCAAUUCGCUAUGCUGUAAUCACAAACACAUGAUCAACGAGCCCCGCAAGGCCUCUAGAAUAGACCGUUAUGCC